UGCUUAUAUAUAUAUGAGCUGAUUAACAGCUAUACAUCAGUAUAAUAACGAAGACCUUACAUCUGUUCUGGCUUGACUCUGUAUCAAAGAUAUAUUUAUUAAACUUCGCCCUAUAGAGACUUUGUCAUCAAAGAUGUUUAAGAUUUUUGCUUUAACCGUCACGCUUGUCCUGUUCGCUGCUGAUGCAAGAAGAAUUGACAAAGUAUUUUCUGAAUACUUAAAAAGUCAUGCUGUAAAAAGAUAUCAAGAACAACAACUCUGUCAUGAACAAGUUGUGAUAACUACUGUUUAUCCUAAAAUUUAUUUGAAUAAAGAUGGAAAGUUUCAUCCAGACAAGAUCAACUCGUUUAAAUGUAAACACGAUAGAGCAAAACCAUUAAGUAUCUCUGACUCGAGUGUCAUUUGCAAAAGCAAAACAAGACAAGCUAAAGUACUCGAGGCUGACGGCAAUGGAAAAUUGAUAAAUAUUCAUUAUAUUCCUGUCGGCUCAGAUUGUGUUGCAUAUAAAGUGUAGACGAUGUACAAACUCUUGAAAGAAUUAUCUGUUAGUUAAUAUUGUAUUAUAUAAUAGUUUUAGAACGUAAUAAUUUAUAAUUACAAAAUUAGAAUGAUGAAAAA